GUCCAAGUGCACAUGUCAGCAUCUACACCGUUUCUACAAUGAAACGGAACACCCAAGUCAAUACGGCAGCCUCGCCAGCAUCAGUCUACAUAUCCAAUGCAGCAGAAUCAGCCACAUCUCCGUCUUUCAUACGGAGACAGAGCACAUCAAUUGGCCAACCGGAAUGUCCCAAACUGACAGAAAGGCUACAGUCCCGGCACUGUCCUGCACCGCCAGCAAGCCAAAUGCCCCCUUCACCGCCAUCACCACUCACAUGUAAACAGGAUGGCAGUCCCCAAUAUAAACCCACAAUCCCCCAUAAAGAUCCCCGUCACUUCUGCCAACGCAGCAACGCAUUGAGAGCAGGGCCAAGAUGGAAAAAGGGUCAGCUGAAUCCCCCCGUUUUUGGGCUGCCACGCAUACAGGGCGUGAAGCCAUGCCAUGCUCAUGCCCGCAUGGAACAACGACAGAACUUGCUUCUGGAAGAUACAAAUGUUCCACGCAUGUGGCCCCCCUUAUUAUGUAUUGCCAGCUGGAUUACGGCAGGAGCAGUACGGGGUUGCAUCGACACGUGUGCACCCGCGGUAGAUGCGUCUCAACUGCCGGAGCAAAGAAACACGAAAGAG